GCCUUCUCUUCCUUCCUCUCUCUACCAACCCUCCUUCAUCCCUCAUACCUCUCAUCCUACCACUCACCUUCCGCGCAUCGCCUUCUGCGAUCCUCUCCACAACAACUCCACACCUAAUUACAUACACCGUUAACUGCGCUUCUACAACAUGCAGAUCUUCGUCAAGACCCUCACCGGCAAGACCAUCACCCUCGAGGUCGAGUCGAGCGAUACCAUCGACAAUGUUAAGACCAAGAUCCAGGACAAGGAGGGUAUCCCUCCUGACCAGCAGCGUCUGAUCUUCGCUGGAAAGCAGCUGGAGGAUGGCCGCACCCUGUCUGACUACAACAUCCAGAAGGAGUCCACUCUCCACCUCGUUCUCCGCCUGCGUGGUGGUAUGCAGAUUUUCGUCAAGACCCUGACCGGAAAGACCAUCACCCUUGAGGUGGAGUCUUCUGACACUAUCGACAAUGUGAAGACUAAGAUUCAGGACAAGGAGGGCAUUCCUCCCGACCAGCAGCGUCUGAUCUUCGCUGGAAAGCAGCUGGAGGAUGGCCGUACCCUGUCUGAUUACAACAUCCAAAAGGAAUCCACUCUUCACCUCGUCCUUCGUCUACGUGGUGGUAUGCAGAUCUUCGUCAAGACUCUUACGGGAAAGACGAUCACAUUGGAAGUUGAAUCUUCCGACACCAUCGAUAACGUUAAGACCAAGAUUCAAGACAAGGAAGGCAUUCCCCCGGACCAGCAGCGUUUGAUCUUUGCUGGUAAGCAGUUGGAGGAUGGUCGUACCUUGUCCGACUACAACAUUCAGAAGGAAUCGACCCUUCACCUUGUCCUUCGUCUCCGUGGUGGUAUGCAGAUCUUCGUGAAGACUCUCACCGGCAAGACGAUUACGCUGGAGGUGGAGAGCUCGGAUACCAUUGAUAACGUCAAGAACAAGAUCCAAGAUAAGGAGGGCAUUCCCCCGGAUCAGCAGCGUCUCAUCUUCGCUGGUAAGCAGCUGGAAGAUGGACGUACGCUCUCCGACUACAACAUCCAGAAGGAGAGCACCCUGCAUCUGGUGCUCCGUCUCCGUGGUGGAAACUAAUGCUUUCUUUGGAUCUUUCUUCUUUAGCACGGCUCAUCUACGGUUGAGUGGCCUGCAUGGCGUUGGGACGGUUGUUUUAUCGGUUUUAUGACACGGAUAAAUUGGGCAUACCUUAGGGUCACCAUCUUCUAUGGUGCCUUGCGACAUUCUUUCACCUAGGAUUCAAUCCAAUAAUUAUAUUCCACCUGAUAUCUUGCUUGCACCGUUUCCUGUAGAUUGAGUAGGACCACCCGAGGUAGGACGUCACGCUAGCAUAGACGUGGUCCACAUGCAAUUCCAAGACGGCGUCCACCACCUUACAGAUCGUAUGAGACGGAACUAGAUAGAAAUUGCAAUAGCGUCAUCUUCAUCUUCAUCUACCUAUAUAAUAGCUAACAAGU